CCUAACGCCGUCUUUGGCCCAGUUGUUUGAAAAUGAUAUCCUGGUUGAUAAUAUCGAUAUAGCGAGCAUACACGUCAACCGAUCACGUUGAAAGCACAAAGUACAACGCCAGGAGCACCUGCAGUCUGGACACAUAUACAGGUACAGGCAGUCUGGAAGCAAUUUUCAGAAGAUGCGUCGCAACACAGUGUACUAUGGAAUUGAUGAUCAAGGACGAGAACAUUCGGAUGAUUCUGAGAAUUCACAAGAGAGUGAAUCAGAAGCUGAUAUCUCAUCCGGAAUCGGCAACACUUCAUCUACUUCUGAAGAUUCUGGAGCAAGUGAACCAGAAGUCGAUACCUCUACUACAUCAGACUUGUCACCAAGAACAUGGUUCGAAAAAAGUCAGGGGAGAUUUGACGGACAAGACACUGAUGAUAUUGUGGUCGGAGAAAGUCUUGAUAUAGUUUACUACCCAAAGGAACCACAUCAGGAUAUUCUCCAGCUUCGCGUAAACGAGGAACUCCAUACAAAGUUACAACAGGAACCGCAAACGUACAAGAGAUGCAUCAUUAACCUGAAAGGACCUCAUUUUGCUGUGUGUAAAAUCCAAGACGAUGGAAACAACUUUCAAGAAAUAGAAAUUCAUGGAAGAGGAAAAAUUGGGAACACAUUCAAUAAUGAUGAAGUUGCAGUUGAAAUUUUGAACAAUAACGUGGAUGAAGAUACAGAAAAUGCUAGUGUUGAUGAUAAACUGUAUGGUAAAGUGGUAGGGGUGUUACGAAGCAAAUUUCGGGAGACAAGAUUCCCCGUCUUGGCAUGUACUGUCAACAGCAAGGAAAAGAGUAUAGUCAUUCCAAUGUGUAAUAGUAUACCCAGAAUUCGCAUCUGGUCUCAUUUUUCUACACAAAGAAUACAGGACUUCAACAACUCAAAUUCCAAUUCUGGGAUAACGCAAAAUAACAAACACUUUAUAGAUGUGCACACUUAUGAGAAGGGUAAACAACUGAAGUUUCAAUCUUGUCGUGAAAUAAUAGACAGUAAGAAAGGACAGUAUGUUCUUCUUGUUGUUCUUUUGUCGUGGAGUAAACAAUUUCCCUAUCCUGUGGGAGCAGUUGUUAAAGUCCUGGAAUGUGGGACAACGUUUGAAAGUGGUCUAAAUGCUUUAAUCCCACAGUUCAAAGUUCCUAGAUAUUAUCCAAGAAACACUGUACAGGCAACUGUUUCCCUUGCUGGAAAGAUUGAAUCAGGGAUUCUCCAAGCUGAAGAUACAAAGCGAGAAAAGUAUCAACAUCUGUCUGUAUUUACAGUUGAUAAUUCUAAUUCUAAGGAUUUGGAUGAUGCUCUCAGUGUCUGGAAGGUAAAGCAAGAGGACGUCCUUUUGGUUGGAGUUCACAUCACUGAUGUGACCACUUUUGUGAAGAAAGGGGAUGACAUUGACAAGACAGCUGAGCAAAGAGCCACAACCUUCUUUCCUACAGAUGACAGAGGUCAUCAUAUGAUUCCAGAAAACCUUAGUCAAGACCUUCUGAGUCUCCUGCCAAACUGUGAUAGAUUUGCAAUUUCUGUGCUCUUUAAGAUUGACAAACGAGGAAACAUUAUUGGAAAGCCAUCAGUGGCCCGAAGCAUAAUUAGAUCUGACAGAAAGUUUUCAUAUAAGGAAGUUCAAAACAUCAUCGAUGGUCAGGCAGUUAGCUUCAAAUGUAAACAGUCACUGAAAAGUAGCAUACGGGUCCUACAUGUAUUAGCUAAGAAAUUUCGAAAAGAGCGACUUGGAAAUUCAAGAUUUGAAGUACGAUUUGAAGAUCCUAGAUUUGUAAUUGAGAACAAACAAGGAGCUAUUGAUGCACACAACCUCAUAGAGGAAUUCAUGAUUAGAACUAAUGGUUUCAUUGGAGAAUGGCUGAUGGAAUCCUGGCAACACUGUGUCCCUUUACGAUGUCAGUCAGCUCCUCCUGUAGAUACACGUGUUCAUUGGGUUAACAGGGAAGGAAACAUCAUUGAUCUCCUUGUCAAACUACAGAGUUUUCAUGUUCUCGAUGACAGAGAAUGCUGUGUAGCAAAACAUUGUUUCCAGAACAGAGAAGAAACACAUGAACAUAUUUCAGUACAGAAAGGAGUAUGGGAGGAACUGAAAGAAGCCGGUGAAGUGAAUGACUUUGCAAAAGCAAGGGAUCUUCUCUGCUGUGAUGCACUGCAUCCAUUACAGUGCCUUGCAAAUCAUCGUUGGGUGCAUAUGUUGGAGUCCGCAACAUACAAAUGCUCUUCAAAAGGGAAAAAAUACACAGGUCACUUUUCAUUGAACAUGUUCCCGUACACUCAUUUCACGUCUCCGAUGAGAAGAUAUGUGGAUCUGAUUGUUCAUAGACUCGUCCACGCUGUGUUAGAUGGGCAAGAGGCCCCAUACACCCAAGCAGAGAUGGAAAAAGCAUGUGAACAAAUGACGGAAGCAUGUCAAAGAGAAAUCAAACUCAAGAAUACUUGCCGAACAAUAAGAAAGAGUGAAAUGCUUUCCAAGAAACCUCUGACCUUCAAUGCUGUUGUUGAAAGGGUCAGUGACAGCAGUGUGGCAUUAUUUAUUCCCUCUCUAAGAGGCACAUCGUACAGACGAUUAGAAUUGCCCUUAAAUCUGCUAGACUGUUGUAGAAAACCAGUUGUAGAAAUUUCCCCGUCAGGACGGGAACAAGUUCUGUGUUUCUGGAGGAAGCGUCUUUACAGAUAUGAAGAACGACCAGAAAGGGACAGAAGAGAUCAAACAAAUUUGAACCAAAUUAAAAAACCAGAACAAUUUAACAUUUUGCUUGAUGAAAAUAUGCAUACUGAAGAGAUGCCACUUCCAGACUUUGCCAAAGCAUUGAAGGAGAUUUUUAAUGCAUCAGGAACAAAGGAAGUUGUGCCCAAUAUCAAAGACACGUCUGUUUCCCAUAGGCGAGGAGUAAAGAUGCUGGCUGAUGAGAAAUAUGGGGACAUGUCAGUUUGCCAUUUCUAUGGCUUCAGACUGAUUUUCUACUCAGGCCAGGUUCUCAAGGUUCAGGUGCAUGCGGAACCAGAGAUGGGGAUGCUUACUCCAUAUGUUCAACUGUUUCAUGUCUGUGCUAAUUAUGACCUCUGUCUGACUCAUCUGGAGGAUCCCGUCCAUACGUUUGCUGAGUAUGUGAUGCAGCCCUUCAGGAAUCGCCACUUCAGAAUCAUUGAGGAAUACCAGGAAACAUGGCUGCCUGUUGUUCGAAUGGAAAGUGCUUUAAACUCCGUUGGCAGCAAAUAUACCAUUGUCAUCGAUAACGUGAACACGUUGAUACGAAACUGCAAUCAAAGACUUAUUGGACGAUUGAUACUUGACGCUAAGUUUUGCGAUUUUCGACAGAUUGAAAUCGGUGGCAAAGGGGUAGACAGAAUGGCUAAAAUGAAAGCAGGUGAAAGUCCUUUCAAAAUGCCUUGCAACGAUGCAUCCUUGGACUAUCUGUGUCUCAGGCAUACUCCAAGGGAUUAUGAUCCAAGUUCAAUGUUCAGUUCAGCCAGUGUUUGGGUAGGUCAUGCUCUAAUCAAGAAAGUGAAGUUGAGAAAGCCAAAAGGCAGCAUUGCAGGCAGUGAUCCUCAUGCAGGAACUGUUGUUAUAGCCUUUGAAAUGAGACCGAAUACGAUACCACCUCCACCAAAUUUGAUAGACCAAGAAUUCCAGGCUGCGGCUGAGAUCAUUUUGAAAUCGCAAAUUGACAGGCGAACAGAACAGAUGUUGGAGAUACUGGACACAGAAGGAUCUGAAUUGGCCCGAAAUAUAGCAUUAAAAGGCGGAAGCCUACUGACAACAAGAUUACGUUCUGCGCAGCUGAGCUCUACUGAUUUAACAGACGAAGAGCGAAAACUCUGCUCCACAAUGAUCAUCAACAAUUUCAAUCAGGGAAUAGCCAUUCAGAGAGCUCUUGAUCAGCCAUUUAGUCUGAUACAGGGGCCACCGGGAACAGGGAAGACCACUAUUGGUGUGAAACUGGUGUAUUUGUUCAACAAGAUCAAUAGAACAAACUCUGAUGAAGGCAAACGACAAGUUCUCUAUUGUGGGCCCUCCAACAAAUCAGUGGAUCUUGUUGCUGGUUACAUGAUAAAGAAACUGGGGAAGAUGUGUCCAAGGAUCAUACGACUGUAUGGCAAAACCAUUGAAGAGAAUGAUAAACCUGUUCCAAAGAAGAUUGUCAUCGCUGACAGAAACAACAAAUAUUUGAAAUCUGAUCCUGAAAUCAGAAAAGUUACUCUUCACUUCGUCAUCAGACAAGACGGGAGACCACAUGCUGAAGAAAUAAGGACGUACGAUGAAAGGUUCCAAACCUACUUUGAUGAUCCCCAAAAGGAGAACAUUACUUUGGAAGAUUUGAAGGCGUACGACAAACUGAUAGCGCGAGCCGAGAAGCACGAGCUUGCUCAUUGUGACGUCAUCCUUUGCACAUGCGUAGUAGCUGGCGGCAAGAAGCUGACGGAAGUAGCCAACAUCAACCAAUGUAUUAUUGACGAGUCUGGUAUGUGCACAGAACCCCAGAGCAUGAUCCCCAUCAUCGCAACCAAGGCACAACAAGUCGUGCUGAUAGGCGACCACCGCCAGCUGAGGCCCAUUGUAAAGUGUUCGCAUGCUGCCAGCCUAGGUCUUGACCAGUCGUUGUUUGAGAGGUACAAGAAGGAUGCCGCUUUCCUGAAUAUCCAGUAUAGAAUGCAUCCAGAAAUAUGCCAGUUUCCAUCAAGCCAGUUUUACAAAGGGGCUCUUAAGACAGAAGACUGUCACCCGGAGCGGGCAGCUUGGUACAUCGCCCCAGGGAAGGAGCUGUCCAUCUGGCCAGUGAGCACCAACCCCAAGGUGUUCUGCCAUGUAGCUGGGAAGGAGGAGACUCUUACUGUCACUACACAGGACGGCAACGAACAGUCAAAGUCCAAUAGGAAGGAAGCUGAAAAAGUGUGUGAAGUGGUGAGGUACCUUGUAAACCGAGAUGAGAUACCAGUUGAGAACAUCAAUGUGAUGUCCCAGUACAGUGCUCAGAGAAGUCUUAUCAAAGAAAUGCUAGAGAAGAAAUCAGAUGCUAACAAAAACCUAAAUGACCUCAGAGUCCAGACAGUGGUGGCAAGUCAAGGUGGUGAGUGGGACUAUGUGAUAUUCAGCACGGUGAGAUCUCUCCCUCGGUACAAAAUAGAGGACAAACCAACACUUGGCUGGCGCAGGCACAACCUGGGUUUCAUCACAGAUGAAAAUCAGAUCAACGUUGCUCUCACUCGUGCUCGAAAAGGCUUGAUAAUCGUUGGGAAUUCCCAUCUACUGAAAUGUGACCCCAUCUGGAAACAACUGCUGGGUGCAUACAGAACUGAGAUGUGUUUUGUGAUGGAUGCAGAUUUCUUCCCUCCGACCUGAUCGUAGCCUCAACGUGUUUUGACCAACAAGGAUCGUCAUGCUUUUGGAUAGCCUACCAAAGCCGAGUUGGAAGAACGGUCUCAACGUAAUGACCAAGACUGACUUUUAUUACAUGCUGCCACCAGGCAUUUCCUGCAGGAAGAUAGAGAGAAGAUUUCACAAGAUUCAUGAGCGUCGAUUCUCGCAAUUGGGAUACGGUGAUAUGUGUCUACCAAGCCAGCGAGCCAGUUCAAUUCUACCUUGGAUGUUUACGGGUACAAACAAAUGACUGGACAUUUUGGUUUGUUACAUCCAAAUAACAUUCAAAAUAUAUUAGUAUGUAGACUUUGUCAAUGUGUCGAAUGCAGUUUUCAUAUUCAUGUAUAUAUUAGAACAUGUAUUGUUAAAAAUGUCUGCAUGCAUCAGGCCGAUGAUAUGGUCCUUUUUAUAUGUUAUUUUCUAAGGGAGCAAACAUUUCCAACAUAUCUUCCACCUUUCGUUUUCUCUGUUGUAAAACGAACACAUCAGUUGUUGUAAUCAGAUAAAAUGAAAGCAGUUCAGGUGGAGGGUACACAUUUAUGUGCAAGGAAGAUUCGUUUGCAGAUGAAGACUGAAGGAAACUAUGUGCACAGACGAACGAUUGGUAUCCCUGGAGGAAAGACGUUUACACCUGUACCUUAUGUUCCUGUGUUUGUUUGUUUUCUAAUGAACGGUUGAUUUGCCUUUGCGUGUGUUUGUGACUCAUCGGUAGAGGAGGAUACGCUCACCUACUCCUGUAUCAUAACCAGCAGAUUUCUAAAGAUUGUGGAGAGGGUUGUGUCGAGCAGAUCGGAAAAGACUUAUAAACGUAGAGACAAUAUACAUAUAUGUAUGUCCCUCUCUCAUUAUUGAUGAAAUAAGAGCAUCAAUGUGGCUAACCCGAUCUGUAACAACAAGUUACUUGCCCUGAAAUCUUUUCAGAUAAAAUAUGUUAAAAUUAAAAAUUGGAAAACCUAUGAAUGAUAAUGUCCUUCUUGACCUUUUCUGACUUUGAAUAUCUAUCUAUGGACAAUAGAUCGAUCCAGUCUGUCAAUCAAAACUGUGGCAUGCGUAAAUUUUGGCCAAUCAGCAGGCCGGAUUUGUCAGACUUUUUUCCGAGGUCAAACGAUGCCUCCGAAGCGAUGUGCUUCGAAUUAUGCCAUUUACACUCGCUAAAUCUAUAUUAAUUACAUAUUGCUGCGAUUUGGUGUGUACCUUUAACAAAACCAUUACGGUCAAGACAAAAAAAUUAAGGCGGAUCAAGCAGCGCGAUAGGCCUAACGAUCAGUUAAAUGUCUGCACCAUCGGUCACGAAACCUUCGUCUGCCUGCAGAUGAGAAUAUGCACGAAUUUCCACACUUUUGCACAUGUGCAAAAUCAUUACCAAUUGAUGGCAACAAAUAGAAGUUUAAGACUUUGCAAGUGUUAUAAACACGGACAAUUCUUGUAACUAAAAAAUUGUUUUUGCUUAACGUUUUUAGUCUAGUGGGCAUAAAGUUGGUAGGCCAUAGUAAAAGGCGAGAAAGCCGUGACACAAUGUAAACAAAUCUGACAGCGAUCGGAUUUCGGUUAAGGUCGACCGAAAGAGCAUAACUUGUUACAUGAAUGAACAGUGUGGCGGAUAUUGUCCCCUUUCGCUCUUAGAUAUUCUUAAAUUUGUCACACAUUUUAGGAUGUUUUAUGUAUCAAAAGCACAAUCGUAAAGCCUACAGUAUCUUUUUAACAGAGUAAAAUAUUCGAGGAGUAAUAUUUUUUAUUCAAACAGGACAAUCAUGGCA